UCCUUUCUCCCUCCCUCCCUCUCUCUCUCUCUCUCUCUCUCUCUCUCUCUCUUUUCGGCCUCAGUUUUUUUUUUUCUUCUUUUGAUCCCACUCGCUCUAGACUAACUUGUCAAGCCACGAGAACGAAAUUCGAACCAAGCGUAGAAGGUGACUGAGCGCAGUGAUUCCGCACUCUCGGAUCCGCCAAGAGGUGAAGGCAGAGUCAAUUGUGCAGAGAUGGCCGAUAGCGUCGAUACGCGAGAGGCCAGCGCGCCGGCGGAACAAACCCCUCACGUUGCUGCGCCUGCUCAGCCGCAUGCCGUGCCUUCUCAUUAUCCUCCUGAAGAAGUCGAAGCCGAACCUCAUGAUCCUCGCUACGAUGAUGACACUUGGAGUGAAGAAUCCAGGGCAAGCUCCCUGAGCUCACUGCGCUCGAGCAUUCGCCAGUAUCGGAAAGAGAAUGGGCGGAGGUACCACGCUCUCAGCGAUGGAACUUAUAUCCUGCCCAACGAUGAGCAAGAACAAGAUCGCCUAGACCUCACACAUCACCUUUGGCGCUUGACGUUUGACGGCAAGCUAUGCAUGUGCCCAAAGGUCAUGGGCGCCAAUUCGGUCCUGGAUAUCGGAACCGGGACUGGCAUUUGGGCGAUAGACUACGCCGAAUCGCAUCCCUCAGCAACCGUUAUUGGCGUCGAUUUGAGUCCUAUUCAACCUGGUUUCGUUCCCCCAAAUUGCAGUUUCGAAGUCGAUGAUAUCGAAAAGGACUGGACAUGGUCCACGAAAUUCGACUUCAUUCACAUCCGGCACAUGAACUCGGCUAUCGCGAACUGGGAGAGGCUUCUCAGACAAGCCUAUGACAACCUCGAACCAGGAGGCUACGUCGAAUUGACGGACAACUGCUUCCCCCUCCAAUGCCAAGACGGCACAAUGGACCCCAAGUCCCCCGUGGCCGAGUGGUCGACCCUCCUCAUGGAGGCCUGCGACCGCAUGGGCCGUCCCGUCACCGUCCCCGCGCUCUUCAAGAACCUGCUCCUCCGCGCCGGCUUCGUCGACGUGGUCGAGGUCCACCGCAUCUGGCCGCUGCACGACUGGCCCAAGAACGACCAACUCAAGGAGAUUGGGCGCUACUCGCAGGAGAGCAGUCUGCAGGGGUGCGAGGCGUCGGCGCUGGCGCUCUUCACGCGCGUGCUGGGGUGGACGCGCGACGAGACGUUGGUGUUUUGCAGCGGGGUGAGGAAGGAUUUGCAUAAUCGGAAUAUUCACGCGUACUGGGAUAUAUACUGCGCUUUUGGUAGGAAGCCUUUUGAUGAGCCGUCGUCUGAGUCGGAACCGGAAUCGGAGCAUUGAUGUGAGCUCAGGCGAGUGAUACGUAUCUGUUAGUGACUCGAUGAGGGACGGUUCCUCAUUCAGAGACAACGUCAGAACAUGCUGAAUCGGACUGCCCCUUUCCUCGGAAGAGGGCGUGCUAAAGAGAGGAUUCCCGGCUGGGACAACUCUCUGCUACACCUAAGCGGCACGGACGUACGAAAACAAUGACAUAAAGGGCGACCAUCGCAGUCUCAUGGCUGAUAUCGAGGAUGUACAUACAUACAUGAAAGUCAAUGAGAUCAGCAUAACUACCGUUUCGAGACUAUGGAGACUCUGAGCCCUUGUGGAUUGUCUUCUUUCUCGCUAUUUAUAAUUCUUGAAUUCUUCGCUUAUUCAC